AGUAUUGUUUAAACAUGCUCAGCAUACUUGUCGUUUUUUAAAAAAAUAAAAUAAAUAAAUAAAAUACUAAAUAAGAUUUUUUUAUUUUAAUUUAUUAAUUAACUGAUAUUGUAAUUUUUAUAAAUAAAAUUGGACAAUCAAUGGUGUUUUUAAAUACAACUGCUUGUUUUUAAUUUUUGUUUAGUAUUUUUUUAUUUUUUACGUGAUACGAAUUCGUAAUGAGACUAUUAAAGUUUCUACUUCGUUACUUUCCACCAGGUAUUGCCCUGGAGUAUACUCAAGGUGGAAAUGUAAAAACAAAAAUGAUUGAUUUACUGGAUCUUAAUUCAAAAACAGACAUAAAAAUACUUGCAAAAAAAAUAAUGAAUGAUGAACCAAUUAUAACAGAGAGCGUAAUGGAUCAACUUGAAGAAACAUUAUUAAAACUUCAGGCAAAAGUCAGUGACACAAGUGUAAAACGUUAUUACAAGUAUAAAACACUUCAAACACAUCUUCUUCCUUUGACUAAUAUUGACUUUGAUAAAUUAGGUAAAAGAUGCCUGACGGGAAGCUAUGACCGAACUUGUAAAGUUUGGAGUAUUGAAAGUGGAACGGAGCUUCUUACUCUCGAAGGCCACAAGAAUGUAGUAUAUGCUGUGUCCUUCAACAAUCCAACUGCAGAUAGAAUCCUGACUGGAUCAUUUGAUAAAACAGCAAAACUUUGGGAUGCAAGAAUAAAUUCAGAUGAGUGUUUGGUAAGUUUUUGGGGUCAUGAUGCUGAAGUUGUUGUUGUAAAAUUUUCACCAACACAAUCAUGUAGAAUUGCAACUGGUUCAAUGGAUACAACAGCUAAAAUAUUUAACAUAAUAUCUGGUCAAGUUAUUGGAACAUUGAAAGGACAUUCAGGUGAAAUAAUUUCACUUCAAUAUAAUAAUGAUGGUAAUCAAAUUAUAACUGGUUCAUUUGAUGGAACAGUUUGUAUAUGGGACACACGAACAUUUGAAUGUAUUAGUGUUUUAACUGGACAUCAAGGAAAAAUAUCAAAUUGUUUAUUUAGUUUUGAUUGUUCAAUAAUUGCAUCUUCAUCAUUAGAUAAAACAGUUAAAGUAUGGGAUGCAAGAAUGAAUUCAUGUAUUGGUACAUUACUAGGUCAUUAUGAUGAAGUUUUAGAUAUUGCAUUAAAUUAUCAAGGUUUAAAAUUAGCAAGUGCAAGUAGUGAUUCAACAGCCAGAAUGUGGGAUAUAUCUGGUGAUUUUAAAGAACUUUUUGUGCUUGAUGAUCAUCGUGAAGAAGUAUCAACAAUUUGUUUUAGUCCAAAUGGUCACCAAUUAUUGACCUCAUCAUUGGAUUGCACAGCAAGACUAUGGUCUGUUGAAACUGGUAACUGUUUGCAAACACUUACUGGUCAUACUGAUGAUGUAUUUUCGUGUGCAUUUUCUUACAAUGGUGACACUGUUAUUACUGCAAGUAAGGACAAUACAUGCACCAUAUGGAGAUGACUU